AUGCCCCAUACACACUUUUCCGAGGACCCCCCUCAGGUCAUCAACCAGAAGGACCUUGAGCUCGCCAACGAGAGGCUCAAGCAGUCCGAGUCUGGCGAUGGUCUGGCCGCCGCCGGCGAGGGCUCUGGCAUUUCUGCCUCGGACGAGACCAGCUCGCCCACCGGGACCGAUGGCAACGGCGCCGCGCUCGAGAAGAUGGGCACCUACGACAGGUAUGAGAUUACCGAAGACGACUGCUACGACGAGCUGGGGUACGGCUUCCCCUCGUGGAAGAAGUGGUACAUCCUGACCGUCAUCUUCUGGGUCCAAGUGUCCAUGAACUUCAACACGUCCCUCUACUCCAACGCCAUUCCCGGCAUAUCGGAGGAAUUCGGUGUAAGCGACCAGGCCGCCCGCUGCGGUGCCAUGAUAUUCCUGGUCCUCUACGCCUUUGGCUGCGAGCUCUGGGCCCCGUGGUCCGAGGAGUUUGGCCGCUGGCCUGUCCUCCAGCUCUCUCUGUUCCUCGUCAACGUGUGGCAGCUGCCCGUGGCCUUGGCUCCCAACUUUGCCUCCAUCAUGGUCGGCCGCGCCCUGGGUGGCCUGUCGUCCGCAGGCGGCUCGGUUACACUGGGCAUGAUUGCCGACAUGUGGGAGGCUGAUAAUCAGCAGUAUGCCGUUGCCUAUGUCGUCUUCUCCUCCGUCGGCGGCUCCGUCCUGGGCCCCAUUGUUGGAGGUUUCACCGAACAAUAUCUUGACUGGAGAUGGUCCAUCUGGAUCCAGCUCAUUCUUGGCGGAUUCGUCCAGCUCGUUCACUUCUUCACCGUUCCCGAAACCCGCACCACCAUCAUGAUGAACCGAAUCGCCAAGCGCCGCAGAAAGGAGACCAACCAGAACAUCUGGGGCCCGGAUGAGCUUGUUCCUUUUAGCGACCGCUUCUCGGCCAGGGAGAUUCUCGUCACCUGGGUUCGCCCGUUCCGCAUGUUUCUGACCGAACCCAUUGUCCUGGUCCUGUCACUGCUCUCGGGGUUUUCCGACGCUCUAAUCUUCAUGUUUAUCCAGUCGUUCGCGCUUGUGUACGGCCAGUGGCACUUCACAACCGUCCAGAUUGGUCUGACCUUCAUUGCCAUUGGUGUCGGAUAUCUCAUCGCCUGGGGUCUCUUCAUCCCCGCGAUACGUCGCAACAUCAAGGAACGCAAACAAAAGCCGCACGACGAGCGUGCCCAGUACGAGUCUCGCCUCUGGUUCCUGCUUUAUACCGCGCCUUGCCUGCCCAUCGGCCUCAUCGGGUUUGCCUGGACUAUCCAGGGGCCCCCCGUCCACUGGAUCGGGUCCAUGGUUUUCGUCGCCAUUGUCGGCAUUGCCAACUACGCCAUUUACAUGGCCACAAUCGAUUACAUGGUUUGCGCCUACGGGCCCUACUCUGCGUCUGCCACUGGAGGCAAUGGCUGGGCGAGAGACUUCCUCGCUGGUGUGCUCACUCUCCCCGCGAUCCCCUUCUUCAAGAACAUCGGCGCCUCCAGCGGCAAGAACCUGGAAUACGCCAGCACCAUCCUCUUUUGUAUUUCUUUUGUCCUCGUGGCCGCUGUCUACGUCAUCUACUGGAAGGGUCCCGCACUGCGACAUCGCUCCCCCUUUGCCCAGAAGCUGGCAGACGCUCGUCAGACGCAGUUGAACGAAGGGCGCCGUGGCAGUAUCUCAUACGAUCCGGACGAACGCCGAGGAUCUGCUGCUUCCGCCCAUGUUCGCCCUGGAAACGAGCGACGAUACAGCCAACAGCACCGAUUCUUUGGUGAAAGCCGUGUUACCCCCCGGGGGACUCCUCGCGGUACGCCCUCGGCGAGUCGACGACCUAGCAUGGCAAAUCUGGCCGCCAAGAAAUAA